AUGCGUCGAACUAUUUCCCACAGAAAUUUCUUUCCCACAAGCAGCGGAUCUUCCGCUGCAACACCACCUCCUCCUGAUCAGAGCAACAAAAAGGUGAGAAAAACGGGGAUUGCAAAGGUGGUGGCAGAAAACGCAAUGGUUAUUGUGGCCGUGCGUGGAUGCUUCAUGUGCAUCACUGUGAAUGGUUUGGUGCAAAAAAUGGGUGUUAACCCUAAAAUUGUAGAGGUAGAGGAGGCGGAGAAAACCGCGAUGUUGGUGCAGCUGUCAAAGAUUGAGGAAGGCAGCGGAGGACCAUUGGAGUUGCCGGCGAUAUAUGUUGGUGGGAAGCUGUUGGGAGGUGUUGAUAAAGUUAUGGAGGCUCAUGUCCAGGGAGAAUUUGUUCCCAUUCUUAGAGCAGCUGGAGCCUUAUGGCUUUGA